AAUGGCACAUAUUUUGGUUACGAGUUGCUCUGUGGACUGUGGGUUCAAUGAAAGUGUAUCCAUCCCCAUCAUGACGUAUGACACCAAGACUCUUCACUACUUGUGUGAUGGCAUGGCACCUGGUUUCUUUCUACAAGGAGAGUUAAACAAACAGCACAGUCCUUGAUACAUUGGAUUGGUUUGAUGAUCCUAUCUGGAAUAGACUAUGUCAGAGAGUCACAAUGACCUUGCACAAUAACAGUACAACCUCGCCUUUGUUUCCAAACAUCAGCUCUUCCUGGAUACAUGGCCCCUCAGAUGCAGGGCUGCCCCCAGGAACAGUCACUCAUUUUGGCAGCUACAAUGUUUCGCGAGCAGCUGGGAAUUUCUCCUACCCAAAUGGUACCACCAAUGACCCUCUGGGAGGUCAUACCAUCUGGCAAGUGGUCUUCAUUGCAUUCUUAACGGGCAUCCUGGCGUUGGUGACCAUCAUCGGUAACAUCCUAGUAAUAGUGUCCUUUAAGGUGAACAAGCAGCUAAAGACAGUCAACAACUACUUCCUCUUAAGCCUGGCCUGUGCCGAUCUGAUUAUCGGGGUCAUUUCGAUGAAUCUGUUUACGACCUACAUCAUCAUGAACCGAUGGGCUUUGGGGAACUUGGCUUGCGACCUCUGGCUUGCCAUUGACUAUGUGGCCAGCAAUGCCUCCGUCAUGAAUCUUCUAGUCAUUAGCUUUGACAGGUACUUUUCCAUCACGAGGCCUCUCACCUACCGAGCCAAACGAACAACAAAAAGAGCCGGGGUGAUGAUCGGUCUGGCUUGGGUCAUCUCCUUUGUCCUUUGGGCUCCCGCCAUCUUAUUCUGGCAGUAUUUUGUUGGGAAGAGAACUGUGCCCCCAGGGGAGUGUUUCAUUCAGUUCCUCAGCGAGCCCACCAUUACCUUUGGCACGGCCAUUGCUGCUUUUUAUAUGCCUGUCACCAUCAUGACGAUUUUAUACUGGAGGAUCUAUAAGGAAACUGAAAAACGUACCAAAGAGCUUGCUGGGCUGCAGGCCUCUGGGACAGAGGCCGAAGCAGAAAACUUUGUCCACCCCACGGGCAGCUCUCGAAGCUGCAGCAGUUAUGAACUUCAGCAGCAAAGCGUGAAACGCUCCACCAGGAAGAAAUACGGCCGCUGCCACUUCUGGUUCACAACCAAGAGCUGGAAGCCCAGCAGCGCUGAGCAGGUGGAUCAAGACCACAGCAGCAGCGACAGCUGGAACAACAACGACGCUGCUGCCUCCCUGGAGAACUCCGCCUCCUCUGACGAGGAGGACAUUGCUUCCGAGACGAGAGCCAUCUACUCCAUUGUGCUCAAGCUCCCGGGUCACAGUACCAUCCUUAACUCCACCAAGCUGCCCUCUUCCGACAACCUGCAGGUACCCGAGGAGGCGCUGGGGAUGGUGGACUUGGACAGGAAAGCCAAUAAGCUGCAGGCCCAAAAGAGCGUGGACGACGGGGGCAGUUUUCCAAAAAGCUUCUCCAAGCUUCCCAUCCAGCUAGAGUCAGCCGUGGACACCGCCAAGACUUCUGAGGUCAACUCCUCGGUGGGUAAGACCACGGCCACUCUACCUCUGUCCUUCAAGGAAGCCACCCUGGCGAAGAGGUUCGCUCUGAAGACCAGAAGUCAGAUCACUAAGCGGAAGAGGAUGUCCCUCGUCAAGGAGAAGAAAGCGGCCCAGACCCUCAGCGCCAUCCUGCUUGCCUUCAUUAUCACCUGGACACCGUAUAACAUCAUGGUUCUGGUGAACACCUUUUGCGACAGCUGUAUCCCCAAAGCCUUUUGGAAUCUGGGCUACUGGCUGUGCUACAUCAACAGCACCGUGAACCCCGUGUGCUAUGCCCUGUGCAACAAAACAUUCAGAACCACUUUCAAGAUGCUGCUGCUGUGCCAAUGUGACAAAAAAAAGAGGCGCAAGCAGCAGUACCAGCAAAGACAGUCGGUCAUUUUUCACAAGCGUGUGCCGGAGCAGGCCUUGUAGGCUGAGGUUUGAUCAAUGUAGUGACAAAGCGCACACGUCAACCCACAGACCUUAGGAGGAGGAAGCUGAGGGUGGGGGUGAUUUCUGGUGACCAUAAAAAGGGUCUUAUCAGCCAGAUGUGAAAGAAGCUGUUUACUGAUCCAUUGAAUAAACCCAUUUUAAUAUAAAAAGUCAAAUACCAAUUCAGCAAAAACAAAAAAGCAUACUACUGAGUAUAAAGAAAUUUAUUCCAAAAUGGACUUUGUUAUUUUUUUUUUCUUAAAGAGGAAAAGAAUAUACAUUGAUUGCUUCACAGCAAUUAUACACCCAAAUUGAUCUGCCUGGGUUUUUUAAUUCCCGUCAGCUUUGAAACCUCUGGUGAGCGAAGCCAGUCCCAUUGUCACGUUCUCCGCAAGGAUCCCCAAAGCGUGAUCCAGACCCCACAGGCGACAGACACAGCAGGCUAGCGAAUCUGUGGUUCUGAUAUUCUUUCAUAUGUUGCAAAAGCGGAAUCUUCGUGUCCCAGUAGAGCUUCCUGUCUUCUCUCUGGUGUGUUGUUCAACUCUAUUUGUGGACUUGAUUCUUGAUUCUUGCAAAGUACUGUUUUGUGCAGUUCAAGUUUCGUACCAAUAAAAAUACAUAAGCAUAUACAUAUAUAUAUGUGUGAGUUCUGCACGCACACACAUAGUGUAUAUAAAAUAAUGGGAAACACAGAACUGGCAAACAAUUCCUGCAAUAUAUGCUUUCAGUACUUUGGUAACUGAAGGUUUCUAGGAUCCUAAUACAACCUAAAAGUGAAAUAAGCCCAGUUGAAUGUUUUUGAAUCUGGGGCUGUUUUCCACAAGUCACCCUUGAAGAAUAUUUAGCAGAGAGCAGCCAGGCCUUCCCAGUAGGUCUGUGCAGAGUUUACAGGCUUGUGUCUGUCAGGCAUGGUGGCUUGACUAGCCUCUGAGUGUAGCGGUCUCCUUUGUUGAUACCUCUCUCCACAGAGCUAAAUUGGGGCCCCUCCGAGCUCAAAAGGCGAACCACAUCCACACGUUUGAAUUUAAUCAUCUAAAUCUGAAUGUUUCAAAACAAAAUUUUUGCUAUCUAACCUGCUUGAAACUCAAUUAUAGUGUCACGUUUGAAUGUCAUACACAGCAAUAUAAUAUACAUGUACAUAUAUAUAUACAUAAAUAUAUAUAUGGCAAAGCAAAAGAAACAUUGUGAGGGAGGAUGAGGGAGAAUGUUGUAUUUGAUUCUUGCUACCUGGCACCUUCCUAAGGAAAAUAGGGCUUGCAUCACUGUGGCAGUGAUUUCUGGUGUUCAUUGUCUAAACUUCACCCCAAAAUAGGUGGGGCUUAGGAAGUCACAUGUCCUCUGAAGAAAGACUUAUGCUUUGAGAAGUAACACUUCGAACUGAUUUUCUUACUUUUUGGAAAGAAUAAGAAUAAUUUUGCAUCAUUCUUUAAAUUGACCAAAACCGUUACGUGUUUUCUUUGGGGUGGGGUGGGGUGCUACUGUCUUGUCCUUGUUGUUGCUGCUGUAGUUGUUAGGGUUCCUUCUUUUCCUUUGCUGGGGAUGUGAGGGGAGAGGGAGGGGAGGGAGGUGGGAGGGCUGUGGAGAAAUCUUCCCUUUGUACAGGGCAUCCAUGUUGUGAACCCAGAGCUGGGGUAGAAGCUGCUCUUGUAUUCCGUGUGAGGUGGUGUUUACAGACGACUUUGACAACAGUGGAAGUGUACUCAGUGGUGUCUGUGUAUCUGAACUAUUUAAUUUCGUGUUAUUUUUAUAUAAGAAAUAUUUAUGGCUGCUUCACCAAGUGUUUAUUUAAUGUUGAUAAAUAUUACUCUUCAGUCUUCAGCCGUGGUGUCUUUUGAAAGUGAUUCUUUAAAGUCCACUUGAGCAAUGACUAGACUAUAUUGAGCUUUCACGUGGCUAAGAAGAAUAAUGUCAUCCUGUUGGCAUCAGCAAGUACCUAGCUCUUUCUAGGUAGUAAAAAGUCAACUGUCACUUCAGCACAAAUCCUUAAAACCACUCUUUAGUUAAACCCGAGGGGAACUGAACAUAGCAACCCUCCAUGAUUUUGUUUGAAAUUAUAUUA